UGCUCAUCUUAACUGGUGAUAUGAAAUCAGCAGGGAGAACCAGCAUUCUUUCCAAGAGGUGGAAACAUGUUUGGACUCACCUCAUGGAUCUAGAUUUCAAGAUCGAUCCUGAAACGAUUGCCUCUCUAAGAUCAACAUCUUAUCCCCAACCAGAAAUGGAGAAGUUUGUUGAAUGGGUUAACCGCGUGAUAAGUGCAAACCGAGCUCCAUAUCUUGAUAGCCUAAGAAUACAUAUGCCCCUCAAUACUUGUUAUGGCGCUCAUAUUCAAAAUUGGGUCCAAUUUGUCUUUGUUAAAGAGGUUCACCAUUUGGAACUCAACUUUGGACCUGAUCAUUAUGAACGUCAUAAAAAUUAUCCCAGAAUCAAUUUUUCCGACAUCCUUUCCACCAAUCGUGCCUUAGUUCGCACUACUGCACUCAAAUCUCUUCACUUGGAAACAGUGAUUAUAGAAGGACCUUUGAUCCAAUGGGUUUUAACUAAUUGUCUUAAUCUUCAACGUCUGUCGCUUCACAACUGCAGUAUCAGCGCUGAUGAUGAUGCUGCCUCUUCAGAACACUCCCGCGGGGAACUUGCUGUGUCAUCCCUUGAGCUGAAACACUUGGAGUUUUGUGGAAGGAUGUGGCCUCUUAAAUUCCAAAUACUCCGUGUAUUUGCUCCAAAUCUUACUUCCUUUAUAUUUGGUGAGGCCGAUGGUAUUGAUGUGGAAUAUGGUAGCAUUCCUUCACUUGUGGAUGCUAUUUUUGUAGGGGUGUAUCUUCCUGAUUCGGAUACCCUAUCUGGCAUUGCUUCUCAGCUUGAAAAACUGUCGGUUAACUGGCACAAGCUCCGCUCUGCAUUUAGUGGAUUCCCGACUUUUGCUAAUCUUCAGCAAUUAGAGAUAGUUCUUUGGCAACGGGAUUAUGACCUUAUUCUAUCGACCUCCUUAAUAGAGGCGUGUCCCCUGUUGCACACAUUCAAGUUGAAGCUGAUGUAUCCCGACCAGGCAAGACGAAUUUCACCGUCCAAUACUCAGCAAAUUGUAGCCCCGGACAAUGCUCAAGAAAAUGCAAUACGUUGCCAUGAGCAACUGAAGACUGUAGAGUAUCGUGGAUAUGCUGGAUGUGCGAUUGCUGCAGAGCUUGCCAUUUGCCUCGCUCAAAAUGCUCCCAAUCUUCAAAGGUUUGUUUUUUAUACUCGUCGGCCUGAGAAAAUAGAAAACCCACGCAGAGUUCGUACCUCUGAAUAUGAGGAUCGAAUGACAAUGAAGAGGAGUGUCAUAGAGCAUCUUGCGGAACGAAUUCAAGGGACACAAAGUCCUGUUAAUGUGGUGAUUCUAUAAUUGAUAAUGGCCUUGGGGAAUUGGUUGUUGU